CUUAAAUCCGAAAACCCGGUGGAGUAUGCAAAAUUAGGGGGCGGAACGGGGAAGCAAACGCAAAUAUCGAGGUUUGCAAAUAACCAACAAGCUUUUGGUAAUUUCUCAUACAAUGAUGCACAAAAUUUGACAGUUUCAACGGUUGCCGUGGAACAAGAAUUUAGUUCGGCCGGCAAUGUCCUAACACAAACCAGAACGAGGUUGAACGCUGAAUCUCUUGAGAUGCUUAUAUGCUACCACAAUUGGUUGAAAGCAGCCCGUAGAGCUCAAGAAAUUAACAUCACCCCAUCCCAACACUUUAUGAAUGAAUCUACAACCGAAGGUGGCUCUACCUAUGCCGGAGAUUCCGAUUGAAAUAUUGAAUGAUUGAUUAGUAAUUCAUGUUUUAAAAACAAUUAUAGUUCCUACUUAAUUUUCAAAUGUAGUUCCUAUUUCAUUUCAAAUAAAUGCACUUGAAGUUUGUUUUUUAAUACUUGUAUAAAACUAUAAAGUAUAAAAUAUAAAUUAAAAUACAUAUAUAUUUAACCAACCCAGCCCGGCCCGGCGGGUGGCCCGACCCGUGACCCGUCCAACCCGCGGGCCGAUCCCAGGCCCAUGUGAUACGAACCGGCAGCCCGACCCGGCCCG